AUGACUCUCAACGCCUGGGAGACGAUUGUGCAGAAAAAGCAGGCAGAAGCAGCUGCUAAGAUUCCCUCAGCAUGGCGGUUGCGGGCGGAGUUCACGGCCGAUAUUUCCGAGAAGGCCUCUGCCAAUGUCCUCGACGUGCCUCGCCAGUGUGGUUUGCUCUCUGCACGGCAGCUGGAUAUCACUGAAAACUACGAUGCCACGGCACUCUUGGAGCAGAUUCACUCGGGAAGGUAUACUGCCGUGGAAGUCACCGAGGCAUUCUGCAUUCGUGCGGCGAUUGCCCAGCAAGUGACACGCUGCUUGACGGAAACCUUUUUUGACCGUGCCUUGGAACGUGCCAAAGAGCUGGAUGAUUACUUCCAGUCCACGGGAAAGAUCCGCGGGCCUUUGCACGGUCUGCCCAUCAGUCUGAAGGACUGCUUUAAUAUCCAAGGUAUCCCCAGCACCAUCGGAUACACCUCGUUUAUCGCGCACGGUCCCGUCAAGAACAAUGCAGCGGUUGUCCAGAUCCUGCUCGACCUCGGGGCAGUCCUAUACGUCAAAACCAACGUCCCUCAGGGAAUGCUCGCCGGCGAAUCCCACAACUACAUCUUCGGCCGAACCCUGAACCCCCACCGCACCAACCUCAGCGCGGGCGGAUCCUCGGGCGGCGAAGGGGCCCUGAUCGCCAUGCGGGGGUCCAUCCUCGGCGUAGGCACUGACAUCGCCGGCUCGAUUCGCAUCCCCGCCAUCUGCAACGGCACCUACGGACUGCGCCCAUCCAUCGACCGGAUUCCCUACAGCGGCCAAACCGACUCCGCCCGCAACGGCCUCUCCGGAAUUAAAUCCUGCGCCGGGCCACUCGCCACCUCGAUCCGCGACCUAGGAUUAUUCACCCAACACAUCAUCGACCACGACCCCUGGCAAUACGACUCCUCGGCCAUUUUCUCCCCGUGGCGGACCAUUCCCACAAAACCCACCCUCCGUCUGGGCGUCAUCCUCGAAGAUCCCUACUUCCCGAUCCUCCCCCCCGUGCUCAAAACCCUAACUCGCGCCAUUCAGGCCUUAAAAACCGCCCACCACGAGAUCAUCACCCUGAACAACAUCCCCUCCCUUCGCGAAACCACCCUCCUCGCGUUCCGCUCCUUCGCCAUGGACCCCGCCCACACGGCAUUCUCCCACAUCCACGCCAGCGGCGAGCCCCCGAUCCCAGCCUUAUCCACCACCGUACUCCCAAACGAGAUCAUGCCGUAUGAAUAUGUACCGCAUACACUGGAGAAUCUGUACGAAUUAAACGCACAGCGUCAGGCUUUCCGCGAGGCAUUUCGCGAGAUCAUAUACCAGAAUCAGCUGGAUGUGAUCCUCCUCCCGGGGUUACAGGGUACUGCGCCACGACAUGAUAGGAUGGGAUGGGUGCCGUAUACUGUCCUUGCUAAUGUUUUGGAUUACCCCGCGAUCGUGAUUCCAUUUGGCAAGGCGAAUAAGAGUGAGGAUGCGAGGUAUAUACGGGAUGUGGAGUAUCGACGGGAGUAUGAUCCCGAGGCAAUUGAGGGCAUGCCGUGCGCGGUGCAGGUGAUGGGACGGACGAUGCGGGAGGAGGAGUUGGUGCGGGAUGCGGGGGUGAUUGCUGCCGCUUUAGGAGUAUAG